GCCACCACUGCUUGUAAUUUACCCUUUUCUCCUUUAACUUCCGUUGUUUCGGGAAACGAGGAAUACAUGGCGAGCUCCUCUUCUCCACCUCUCGCCUCCAAUGGCGACGCCCUCGUGAGCUCGAGCGCCUCGCGGCAUCCUCUACUCCCCCUCCCCCCUCCCUCUUCUUCCAAUUAGGUGAUUAGACAGUAAUUUGGGAUUAAAGUGUUUGACGGAGAACCAAGAAUGGGAAUAUCCAAGAUGGUUGGUUUGGCAGCAGCAACGCUAUUCUUAGCAUCUAUUUGCCUGAAACUGUCCCGCAACACAUUGAUCAUGGUGCCUAUCCUGUUCGACUCAUUGAUUGCUUCUUUGGUUGCUGUUGCAUCUCAUAAUUCAGUUAACUUUCCGUUAAUCUUGGGAAAGAACUCUGAUGGGAGAUUCCCUCUCUGGUCAAAACUUAUCUUUGCGCCAUUUUUGCUGCUUGUUCGGGCCUAUGUAUAUGUGAGAAGAUUGAAGAGCAAAGAACCAGUAUAUAAUGAAAUUUCUGAAGGUUUAUAUGUAGGAGGGUGGCCUUAUUCUUUAGACCAGUUGCCACCUGGUGGACCGGCAGUUAUUGAUUGCACAUGUGAAUUACCGAGAAGUUCCUUUAUUCCAAAGGAUGAAUAUCUAUGCAUUGCUACAUGGGAUACAAGGUCUCCUUCACCAUCACAAAUUGAAUCUGCAGUUCGUUGGGCGUGUAGAAAAAGGGCCGAGAGGAAACCCAUCUACGUCCACUGCGCAUUUGGCCAUGGAAGAAGUGUCUGCAUCAUGUCUGCCCUUCUGGUUGCGUUAGGUCUGGCUGAUAACUGGAAAGAAGCUGAGAAGAUUAUUCGGGAAAAAAGACCAAAAAUCAGAAUGAAUGUUCUUCACAGGAGAAACUUGGAAGAAUGGUCCAAAUACAGGCUUUCAUCAAAAACAGGGUAGCUAAUUUUGCUCUCACCUUUGUGACUAUUUAUGUGCCUUGGAGAAGCAUCUAUCCUGCAACUUUCCCUACAUAUUUUAGCUUUAAAAUGGAUCUCUUUAUGCAAACAAUGGUCUAUUGUGAGCCAUUAGGUAUGCUGAAGCCGACAUGUCAGUGUUUUUAGUCUUAUGCUUCUAUCUUGAGUAAUCGCCAUUCAUGCAUGCUUGUUUACCUUUUCCUUGUGAAGCCACUUCCGUUUGUUUCAGAUUUUUGCUGAUACACACAAACAAUAUAUAUUUAGAGACAUCUUUAUAUA